AUGCUAGAUCAUGGUAGGGAUCAUUGGAUAGGAUUGAAGUGGUUACUGAGAUACUUGAAUGGUGCUUCAAGUUAUGGUUUGGUAUACAAAGCUGGAGCUAAGAGUCAAGAUGGAGCACUUGUGGGAUUCUGUGACUCAGAUUAUGCAGCGAAUAGAGAUAACAGAAGAUCCCAAACCGGUUAUGUGUUCAAUCUUUAUGGCACGACCAUUAGCUGGAAGUCUGGACUACAACAUGUAGUUGCUUUAUCCACAACAGAGGCUGAAUAUAUUGCAAUGACUGAGGCAGUAAAGGAAGCAAUAUGGCUGAAAGGAAUACAUGAAGAUUUUGGAGAAAGGCAAGAUGCUGUGUACAUAAACUGUGAUAGUAGCACAUAG